GGCGAUACAGUCUGAUACCAGUAUAUUACACCACAUUGCGUAUACUCACGUACGACAUUGGUUAUUUGAAAAGCUCAUCUCAGUGUAAUCGCACGCGAGUUUUGAGACAAUUUUUACGUGUUACAACAGAUUUAAUGAAAUUGUAGUUUUAAAAAUGGACGUGCCUGCAAAGGGAAAUAUUUUAGGCCGUGUCAUCCCGGCACGGUAUAUUCUAGCCAUCCUGGGAUCUAUAGGAAUGGCCAUCGUGUAUGGACUGAAAGUAAACUUAUCUGUGGCUAUGGUUGGUAUGUUAAACCAUACUGCUAUAAAACAGGCUGCUCACGAUGAACCACAUGAAACUGCUUCCCAACCUUCGGAGCUGGAGUGUCAACCAACGAGUAACUCAACUAGUAGCAAUGAUGCAGAUGGUCCAUUCCUGUGGUCGUCCGAAGUUCAGGGCAUUGUCCUCAGUUGUUAUUUCUGGGGAUAUUUUGUUUCGCAAAUUCCUGGAGGGAGAGUAGCAGAACUGUUUUCUGCGAAAUGGGUGAUGUUCUUCAGUGUGACCAUCAAUGUGAUAUGCACAAUAUUAACGCCAGUGAUGGCAGAAGCUCAUUACAUUGCAGCUGUCAUAAUGAGAGUUGGUGAAGGUAUUGGCGGGGGUGUAACAUUCCCAGCGAUGCAUGUGUUGCUGUCAAAAUGGGCGCCGCCAGCUGAGCGCAGUGUCAUGGCGUCGCUUGUUUACGCGGGAACUUCUCUCGGAACUGUCAUCUCCAUGCUAAUGGCCGGAGUACUUACAGCUACUCUUGGCUGGGAAAGCGUGUUCUACGUGAUGGGAGGUCUGUCUUGUCUCUGGUGUGUUCUAUGGGUCUUCCUCAUUAAAGACUCACCAGGUGAACAGCCGCUUAUAAGCCUAGAGGAGAGAGAUCUGAUUAUCACUUCUCUUGGAGGAAAAUCUAAUGACCACUCGCAUAAGAACAUGACGGUCCCAUGGAGGAAAGUCUUUACAUCUGGUCCGUUCCUGGCGAUCGUCGUCGCUCAUGCUUGUUCAAAUUGGGGCUGGUACAUGCUGCUUAUCGAACUUCCCUUCUACAUGAAGCAAGUACUGAAGUUCAAUAUGACUGAGAAUGCAGUUACAACAGCACUUCCAUUCCUAUCACUAUGGUUCUUUAGCAUGGCUCUCAGUAAGACUUUGGAUUGGUUGCGGGGAAGGAACUACAUCACUACCACGACAGCUAGGAAGAUUGGAACACUAUUCGCAUCAGCGGUACCAGCGUCCUGUCUGCUGGCAGUAUGCUACAUCGGAUGCAACCGCGGGGCAGCGGUAGCACUCAUGGCGAUCGGUGUUACCUGUAUAGGAGGAAUGUUUUGUGGAUUUUUAUCUAACCAUAUUGAUAUCGCACCUAACUUUGCUGGUACUCUGGUAGCAAUUACCAACACAGUGGCCACGAUUCCUGGAAUCGUCGUACCAAUUUUUGUAGGGGUGUUGACACAUGGAAAUCAAACAAUAUCCGCAUGGCGCAUAAUUUUCUUCGUCACAAUAGCCCUAUAUAUAGUAGAAAUUAUAGUUUAUUCUAUAUUCGGUUCUGGUGAGGAGCAACCUUGGAAUAAUUUAAAGGACAAUGAAAGCGAUGGCAACCCUGAAGAAAGGCCUUUUAAAAUGGACGAAAGAACCCAUGUCUAGACUAUGCCUAUUGAAAUGUCUUUAGUGUGGAUUAGUUUGUUGUUUUGGCUUAAUUUCUUCUUUCCUAUGUCAAUUGUCAAAGCUAGGGUAAAAUUUUCAUUUAAAGGCAGAAGGCUACCCAAGUGGGUAGAAUAAAGUCUUUCAAGGAAAUAAUAUUAGUGAAAAUGUGUAGCAAUAUUUAUUGUGUUAUUAAAUUGCAGCCGUCAUUUUUUAUACAGUUAAUAAUGUUUGCAACUAUUUUUCGAUAAGGCGGCAAUAAAUUUACGCAUAAAUAAUGAGCCUUCAAGCUAUAUUUUUAUCUCAAUGCAAUGCUCUUUAAACAUUACAAAUAUUUCAUAUGAUAUUGUUUCAGCAAUAAUGAAGUUCUACUUUAAGUUACAUAAUACAUUUAUUUUUUAUGUUAUCAAGGUAACAUUUUAUAUAAUAUAAUAAAUGCUAUUUCAAUUGAUUUUAUAGGCUGGUUACUUGUGCCAUAAUUAGCUUUAAAUUAAAUUAGUUUAUUAGGUGGUAAUACUUAAAAGUAGCUUACUGAGGCUAUAAUUAUAUAAUAGGUACUUAACAUAUACGUAUAUUAUGUACAUUAUGUGUUUUAAGAAGUGAAUUAAUCUUUGAUUUUGUAAAAAAAAAAUUAACAUAUUUUUGACUGUAAGCGACUUAGAAGCGUACUUACUAUAUAUUUAUUUGUAAUAAGAAUUACAUAAUUUUAAUAAUUUAUAUUGAUCAACAUUAUGCAGCUGUUAUUUAGUAUAUUUUUUAAAGCAUACUCUAACACUUAAAUUCAGAAUCGUAAGGAAUUACUAAUAAUCGUAUUAAGCAUAAAUAGUUGAAUAUUUUCGAGGGUGACAUACAAAAAAUAGUACCUAUCUAAUUAAGCUCAAGACUUUUUUUAUAGUAACUACUAAAAGAGUGGCGGAGAGUUUGUUGCCAGUUCUUCUCUUCCGUUCUACGCCCUUGAUUUGAGAACUGGUAGGAAAUGUAAAAUAGAAGAAUUUCAUAUAUAUAUUUAUUUUUGACGUUUAGUGUACAUUUUGUUACCUAUAUUAAUCAAUGAUUUUUGAAUUUAUCAGUUCGAAUUCCGGAAAAAAUACAGCGAAAACUCUUUAUAACGUCAUUAGUUAAAACGAAAAGCUCUCUAUAACGUAACAUUGAGUUGAAUUUAUUUGGUUUAACCAACCACCCAUACAUUAAUUGUUCCCUCCCUAUAUCGAAAUCUCUCUAUAAAAAAUAAAAAUGCUUGGUUCCUUGAAAUUCGUUAUAAAGAGUUUAUACUGUACUAAUACAGUUAAAAAAUUACCUCAGGUAUAUAACAACAACGUUGUAAAAUGAAGAUGUUUUAUGUGUAAAGUGUGAGCUAAGGCUGUACAUUUUGCUCAAUCAGGUUUUAACAAUUGGUACGAAUCAAGCGCAGGAAAACCUACGCAAGCAUUCUCUUCCUUUUUACUAUUUAGUCACCAACCUACACCUAACCCACACCUUACAAUUUAACGUAUUAUUAUUCGGUAGUUAUAUGAAAUUGUUGGAAAGUAAAAUUAAUCUGUAAUUGA